AUGGAAAAAUAUAUAGCAUAUCAAAUGGAGUUAUUUGAUAACCUUAAAAAUAGCGAAAAAAAUCUAAAAAAGACACCAAAGGAAAGAAUUAAAAAGCAAUAUUUAGAAACUAGAUUGGAGCAAUUGGAAACAUUAUGGAUCGAAUUUAAAGAGGGACAUAAAAAUAUUGUUUUAAAAAUAUCGAAAGACGAAGAUAGAAAAAAUCCAUAUUUUAAAAAUGAAGUCUUUGAAGCUUUUGAGGAGAUGUUUAUCAAUAAUAAAUCAAUGUUAAAGGAAAUGCUAUUGCCUUUUCUAGAAUCUUCGAAAUCUCAAACUACCGGCGUUUCCGAUAUUACCGAUUCGAAUAAAAACAGUGAAAUAAAGUUACCGAUUAUUAAAAUUCCAACCUUUACCGGUUGUAAAAGGUGCGGACGCCGUCAUCAUUCAUUAAUUCACAUUGAUCACGAGCCUAAAAAUGAUAAACCAGUUGAGACGGCUUCUACAUCUUCAGGUAUAGAGAACAUGUCUAGAGGUAAGCCUAAUAUUUUGUCAAAUGAAAACAAUAUAAUAACAAAUUUUUGUGAACAUAUAGAAUCAAAUAAUACCUUGUUAGCUACAGUCCAGGUUUUAGUAGAAAAUAAGAAUGGGUGUAAUCAUGUUGUUAGGGCUUUGUUAGACCAAGGUUCGCAGGCAUCGUUUGUAACAGAAGCAACAGUUCAGUUACUUAAACUUUCACGUAGGUCAGUAAGUGGUUGGGUGUCAGGUGUGGGAGAAGGGCAAACGAGUAUUAAAUACAUGGUUUCUUUAUGGGUGAAAUCACGCCACAAUCCCGAGUCUAGAGUUUGUGUAAAUGCAUAUGUAUUGCGUUCAUUAACAACACUGCUACCUACCACUAAGCUACAUACACCUGAGUGGUCAGACAUAGAAAAAUUAGAGUUGGCUGACCCAGGAUAUACAACACCAGGAAGAAUAGAUAUUCUUCUUGGAGCCGAGGUUUACAGUGAUGUACUAUUAAAUGGUAUCAUGAAACAUCCUACAAUUAAUUUACUUGCACGAAAUACUAUUUUUGGAUGGGUGUUAUCUGGUAGGAUUUGUAAUCAACACAGCUCGGCAAGGAAUACGGUGAGU